GAGCGGGCUGGAGGAGGUUCAGUAGACGAAGAAGAAUUGUAGCUCUUGUUAUUGAAUAUUUAGCUAGGUUGUCGGCUAGCUAAAUUAGGAGCUAAGAGAGAACAUGCCACGGGAAAUAAUAACGCUUCAACUCGGACAGUGUGGAAAUCAAGUCGGUUUCGAGUUUUGGAAGCAGCUGUGUGCAGAACAUGGCAUCAGUCCGGAAGGAAUCGUGGAGGAGUUUGCAACAGAAGGGACGGACAGAAAGGAUGUGUUCUUCUAUCAGGCUGAUGAUGAGCACUACAUCCCUCGUGCGGUUCUUCUGGAUCUUGAACCGCGUGUGAUUCACUCCAUCCUGAACUCGCCUUAUGCAAACCUGUACAACCCAGAGAACAUCUACUUGUCUGAGCAUGGUGGAGGUGCUGGGAACAACUGGGCCAGUGGAUAUUCUCAGGGCAAAAAAAUUCAGGAGGACAUUUUUGACAUCAUUGAUCGAGAGGCAGAUGGUAGUGACAGUCUGGAGGGAUUCGUCUUGUGUCAUUCAAUCGCCGGGGGGACCGGCUCAGGACUAGGAUCGUACCUGCUGGAGAAACUUAAUGACAGGUACCCAAAGAAACUGGUACAGACUUACUCUGUGUUCCCGAACCAGGAUGAGAUGAGCGACGUAGUUGUUCAGCCGUACAACUCGCUGCUCACGCUGAAGAGGCUCACCCAGAACGCAGACUGCGUGGUGGUGCUGGAUAACACAGCUCUGAACCGUAUCGCCACAGACAGGUUACAUAUCCAGAACCCCUCGUUCUCGCAGAUUAAUCAGUUGGUUUCCACAAUCAUGUCUGCCAGCACAACCACCCUGCGGUACCCAGGCUAUAUGAACAACGACCUCAUCGGGCUGAUUGCUUCACUCAUCCCCACCCCUCGCCUCCACUUUCUCAUGACUGGGUACACACCGCUCACUACUGACCAGUCGGUUGCUAGUGUGAGGAAGACUACGGUGCUGGACGUGAUGAGGAGGCUUCUGCAGCCCAAGAACGUGAUGGUGUCCACGGGAAGAGAAAGGCAGCCCAGCCACUGCUACAUCGCCAUCCUUAAUAUCAUCCAGGGAGAGGUCGACCCCACACAGGUGCAUAAAAGCCUUCAAAGGAUCCGGGAGCGCAAACUUGCUAACUUCAUCCCCUGGGGACCUGCCAGCAUCCAGGUGGCUUUAUCCAGGAGGUCCCCAUACCUGGCCUCAGCUCACAGAGUUAGUGGCCUGAUGAUGGCCAACCACACAAGCAUCUCCUCCCUGUUUGAGCGGACGUGCCGGCAGUACGACAAACUGCGAAAGCGAGAGGCCUUCCUGGAGCAGUUUCGAAAAGAAGAUAUAUUUAAGGACAACUUUGAUGAGCUGGACAACUCCCGUGAAGUUGUCCAGCAGCUGGUGGACGAGUACACCGCAGCAACUCGCCCCGAUUACAUUUCCUGGGGCACGCAAGAACAGUGAACACACUUUCUAAUCUGCUACAGUCCAGUCAGGACUCGUGCUCAUUUGUCCCACAUUGGCUCUUUACAUUUAUCCUACAGUUGUUUGGGUAGAACUUCUUUUUUGAAAAUUAUUUAUUGGCUUGUAGCAUGUAACGAUCGUGUUUGACUCAACGAACGAACAAAGGAUGGAUGUU